CCGGGAAGGAAAAUAAGAGGAAUAUCCUGAUAACAGGGGGCUAGGGCAAUGGUAUGCGUAGGUUAGGUUUGGUAAAACACGCAAAGAGCCAAUUCCUCAUAUAUGUGUGUCAAUUUAACGCUUUCUCUGCUCUCUCUCUCUCUCUCUCUCUCUCAAUUCUCAAAAACUAAAUAAAUAAAUAACAUUGAUUUUAUAAACUCUGCGUUUUACCUUUUAGCUCUGAAACUCAUCCGCUUUCAAUCCUCUACACAAAUCCAACGCAACCCUCUUUUCCCCUUGCUCUUUGCUCUCUACAAUUUCAGUAACGCAACCUCAAUUUUUGUUUUUCCUCCACUGCCCCUGUAUUUCAGGUUGCAUAAGCCAGUGCUGCCUCCAGUGCAGCAAAUCACCAGUAGAGAAUCAUCUGAAACAAAUGUAAGUGUGAAUAUUAUGUCUGAACUAAUUGAAGGACUCCCUGACGCUGUCGCCGUCAGAUGCCUUGCAUGGGUUCCCUUCUAUCUGUAUCCCAAGUUGGAACUUGUUUCUCGUUCCUGGCGAGCAACCAUUCGUAGUCGUGAAUUGUUUAGAGCUCGACAGGAGGUUGGCGCAACUGAGGAUCUUUUAUGUGUUUGUGCUUUUGACCCAGAAAAUUUAUGGCAGCUUUAUGACCCUCAACGAGAUCUUUGGAUUACACUCCCUGUUCUCCCCUCUAAACUCAGGCACCUUUCUCACUUUGGUGCAGUCUCCACUGCUGGAAAGUUGUUUGUGCUUGGUGGUGGUAGCGAUGCCGUUGAUCCACAGACUGGUGAUCAAGAUGGUAGCUUUGCAACCAAUGAGGUAUGGUCAUAUGAUCCUAUUAUCCGGCAGUGGGCUCCACGAGCAUCUAUGCUUGUGCCUCGUGCCAUGUUUGCCUGCUGUGUUUUGGAUGGGAAGAUUGUAGUUGCAGGUGGUUUCACCAGUUGCCGAAAAUCAAUUUCUCAGGCAGAAAUGUACGACCCAGAUAAGGAUGUGUGGAUACCAAUCCCUGACCUCCAUCGUACACAUAAUUCAGCAUGCUCAGGAAUAGUGAUUGGAGGGAAAAUGCACGUCUUGCACAAGGGAUUAUCUACCGUGCAAGUCUUAGACAAUGUGGGGCUUGGCUGGACGGUUGAGGAUUAUGGAUGGCUCCAGGGCCCGAUGGCUGUUGUUCAGGGUGCACUUCAUGUGAUGAGCCAUUAUCUAAUCUUUAAGCAAGAAGGAAGACUAAGGAAAGUGGUGGCUUCAGCAUCUGAGUUUCGCCGGAGAAUUGGGUUUGCGAUGAUAGGGUUAGGGGAUGAGAUUUAUGUAAUUGGAGGGGUGAUUGGCCCUGAUCAGUGGAACUGGGAAAUCCAGCCAAUGGGUGUUGUUGAUGUCUUGACUAUGGGUGGUGAAAGACCAACUUGGCGCCAAGUAGCUUCAAUGACACGGUGCCGGGGAACUGUUCUUGGUUGUACCCAGUUGAGAAUUUAGGUCUCAAGCUCAAUUUUAUAUGCAGAAAGAAAAAAAAAAAAAUGAAGCUUUUUUAUUAUAUAGUAUUUUCAUAUCAAUAAUAUUAAUUAAUUUAUGUUUACAA